CAGUUUCAAGUAACACCCGGAAGCAGCAGCUGGAACGGAGCCGGCAGCAAUAAGCAGGGACAUGCGGCCAAUAUCUGCAGUGCCCCAUCGCGGGGAGAUGGAACCAGGCAGCUGGGUCCGCAUCUCGGUGGAGUACUGUGAACCCUGCGGCUUUGAGGUGACCUAUUUGGAGCUGGCAAGCACCGUAAAGGAGCAAUACCCUGUCAUCGAGAUCGAGUCGCGCCUGGGGGGUACAGGGGCCUUUGAGAUCCGGAUCAAUGGACAGCUGGUGUUCUCUAAGCUGGAAAAUGGGGGCUUCCCUUACAAGAAAGAUCACAUUGAGGCCAUCCGGGGGCCAGUAACGGAGAAUCCCCAGAUCACCAACAGCCAUCCUCCCUGUGUCAUCCUGUGACUACAUGGGAUUCCAGGUUCCUGUUAUGUUCUGGGAUACAAGCCUUGGUUUCCUCUUUGCUCCUGUUGAGGGUUCCCUUCAGCCUUUUUCCGCUAACUUAGCUCCAGGUAGCUGAGAACCUGGCCUCCACUUGGCCCCUUUGGGUACCAGGAGGGAAUAGAAACUUCCAUUGGUCUGGAGGGUGGAGGGCCUCUCCACUGAUAUUAUCACAGCCACUUUGUACUCCCUACCAGGGAUCAGUGUCCACAAAAGCUUGCUCCCCGCUCCAGCCUAGCUACAUCUGUAAGAGGUCAUUAUAGUACUAAUAUAUUUUCUACUAGACCCAGGCAUAGUCUGCUAUUGGCAAUAAACUGGCAUUACAAACAAA